UAGUUGAGAGGAAGUGGGGUCCAAGGGGGAGUGGAAGUGAUGGCGGUGCUGCUAGUGGUCGUACAGCGGCAGCAUUUGCAGUAAAACAAGUUCAUCACCGCAUCCGUAAUCCUAUUCGCAGUUGAAGUUCUGCUAGCUGCUUCUGUGUGUGCGGUGACUGCUGGAGGGGCUGUAGAAGCCAAAGAACCGUUUGAGAGGCCGCUGCCUGCAGUUGCUACUCCUCCUGCAUCGAGUUACUUGCACAGAGAAACUGUCCUGUUACUUAAACUUAGAGUAGCAGUAUCGAUGCUACCGCUUCUCAGGGGGAUAUUUUUACAUAGGGAUACAACAAACUCAACUGUAAUACAUUAUUAAUCGUGUAGUGUACGUGCAAUAAGGGGUAGAUCUACUGUACAAGCACCACCAGCAUCGCCAUUGGCUUGCGCUAAGUAGCCUCCGUCUGCCUCCUGUUUGGAUUUAUCUGUGUCGGUCGGUCGGUCGGUCGGUUUUUCUGUCUGUAUGAGAGCGAAAAUCUCUGGGCGAGCCAUUAGCAUCGAUCCGGUGGUCCAUGCGCUUGUUGCGGACUUGUGCUUGUGUGAUUUAACGCUUGUUCCGACUUCAAGCAAAAUUUCUACCAUUACGAUUAUACAUAGAGUAAAUCAAACUGAAAGGCAGCUUUCUCGGCGAAUGCCGCUCUUCGGCAACUCGUAACUCGCCCAUAACGGGUACAGCGGAUUGUGUCUAGUAGAACGAGUACGAAUUUACCUACGAGGCAGACGGUUGUACGAGGACAUCCUCACAUUCCCGUAAGAGCACUAACAACGGCACCAGUGUUCGGAUCAAAUACUUCAGACCUUCUUUUUCACUCUCUCGCCGCCAGUUGUCGCUGCUGCAGUUGGGAGACGCAGAGGCGAUUGGAGCGGGGGAACUAACACAACAAGCUGCAGUCAGUUGUCUGUCGUAGGGCCCUGUCGAGGUAUCGGUGACGAAGUCGGCAGCGUUGUCCGUUGUAUAUGAGUGGAAUACGAGUUAUGCUGUGCUCGUUUGUUGAGCGUCGGUUCGGGUAUCAAACGAGGAUUAAGGUGAAUGCGUCACAAGAAGAAAAGUGAGUGUUUUUUUAACGGCCGCCUCCGGCUCUUUUUCGUUAACCGUGUUUGAAUUGUGCUAGCUAGUUCAUUUCUCUAUGUUGCCUAAUAGUAGUAACGAGGAUAGCAAGCGAGUGCGGGGACUUCAAAUGUUGUGCUUCUGAGUGUCGAGUGUGAUUCGAAGUCCAGUGCAAUGUUUGUUGCUUAUUCAGCUCGCAAGCAAACGAACGCCGAGGGCGGAGACCUGUGAGGAAAGUACAAGCCUGUGGCAAACGAAAAUCACCUAUGAAAUAAAGCAACAGGAAAACGCUAUCAUAUUCUAGUGUAUGUUCUUGUUGAUUCACGAUGUCAGCAGCCAUCUUUACCUCUGCAUGGAUUAUGGAAACGGUAGUUGUUACGCCCUCAGCUACUCAAAUGAGAGCCGUUAACGGAUGGUCGUCACCGUCGCCACUUUUUUCAUUGUGAAGAACAAGACAUUUGUUUGUGGCUGGUGCAUGCGCGAAUGCAGAAGUUCUACGGAAGCGUUUACGAGAACAGAAGAAGACGAAGAAGAAAAGGUACACUCAGCAACAGCUGGGGCAGUGGCGGCGACGGAAGAGCAAAAAAGAGGAAGACGCCGAAGAAACGUCGACGGCUAUCUCGAUCCAGGUACAACGAGCUCGAUCCGAUUCUCGUGCGGGUAAAUUUAUUAUGCACAACUCUGGAUGCCCUCUAAUUGUAUAGGAAUGGGCCCAUAGCGCUCGCUGUUGCCGCCGCUAUCCAGGCGCGGCGCUAUCCAGGAAGAAAAGAACGGCCAUAUAUGGCAUGAUAAUUCUGUUCGUGGCAGUUUAACAUCGUCCGUUCUUCACUCGUAGAGACCACCCGGGCUUAGAAGGACUUCGUCGACUGGUCGAAUCGCAUCUUUCAUUGACAGCCUUCUGUCGUUUUGCCUCUGCCUGGGUGCUUGGAGCGGAUUUGGCCUACGGAAGACAAGUGCAUGCGAGAACGAUACAAAACUAUCUGUCAGGACAUAUCAGCUAGCUAGCGCCUAGCACAACAUCCCCCAGGGCACUGCUGAUUAGAGUUCUCGCCAAUAAAACUCUACCCAUCAUUAUCCAGGCAAUUUCUAAAUGUCGUCUACCUCCCGUCGGCUUAACUGAAGACCUUCGAUAGGACAACAAAACAGGAUUGCAACAUCGAAGACGAGAAAAGUAAAAAUUUACAAAAAGGCAACCCUGGAAAGCAAAGGACCCGACCACUAUUUUUACCUUAUUAUCGAUCUAGAGCACCAUCUAUCUAUAAUCUUCACGAUCAUUGUUUGUAGUGAGACGAUUUUUAAUAAUCUUACCGACUAAUCGUGUGUUUUUAUACUUUUACUACAUUUGUACACAGUAUAGAUAUUGUAAUAACAGCAACGAAAUAUUCUUUUGAAAAAGGAUAACCGAGGCGGAAGCUAUCGUCCUCAUAUCGUGUCGGUGUGGUCGGUCCACCCAAGUAAGCAGAAGAACGAAAACCGCAAAGUGCUUUCUUGUCUUUUGGUCGCUUAAAGACGACAUCGGAGCUACCCAAUGGGCUAGGCAAGUCCAAUUAAAUUAUUCGUUGGGACUAAACUAAGGGAGCAAUUUCGCGUAGACCGUGUUUUUCACGUCUGCAUCUUUCUAUUAGAAUCGCAGCACUCACAGGCUAGCAAUUUUCGCAAACGCUGCGCCUGCUCGAUAGCCAGCGUUUCUCUCCCUCUCCCUAAGCCUGUGUGUCUGGGUGUAGCUGUCAAACGGCUAACGUCGAGCUUGUUCACCGGGCAAAGGGGCAUCAAGAACAGAGAAACGUGUGCGUGUGCGUUCGAGGAUGCACCAGUCGGUCGCGCCCCACUACUGUCAUCAGCAGCCGCACCACGGCAGCCAUUCUGGCCAGUAUCACCAUUCUGGAGGCAAUUCCGGAAUCACUUCUACGGGACAUCCCGGUGGCCAUUCGCAGCCGACGUACCAUGGUCACCCUAGCGCGCAGUCUUCACAACAUCAGAUGCCGCACCAAAUGCCCGUUCAGACUCAACAACCACAGUCGCAAGGUCAAAACCAGUAUCAUCAUCAGCAGAUGGUAACCAACCCCUCCGGACAGGAAGUCGUCUACGAUACGACGAUUUAUCAACAGCAACAAGCCAGUAUGCAGCCGCAAUCGCAGCAGCAGCAGCAGCAGCAGCAAUACCAAAAAUGUGAGGUGUCCGUCGCCUCGGCGCGAGCAUCAGUUCUCCUAUAUAACGAGCAAAGUAAAAAAUGGGUGCCCUCCGGAUCGUCUUCGGGACUGUCCAAGGUACACAUUUAUCAACACACUCUGCAUGGCACCUUCCGCAUCGUUGGCCGAAAGCUGGACGAUCACGAGGUAGUCAUAAACAGCGCCAUCCUGCGUGGUUUCAAGUACAACCAAGCCACGCCGACUUUUCACCAAUGGAGGGACCAAAGGACUAUCUACGGACUCAAUUUCAGCUCGAAGGAUGACGCCGAGCAUUUUGCUCAUGCUAUGACUAACGCUCUGGAGCAGCUCGCCAAUCCUGGGGCGGCAAUCCAGCCGCCGCCGCCUCCAUUGCCGCUUCAGCCGCCCCAGGCGGCGCAAUCCGCGAACUCAGUAGUUCAGCAACAAGUGCAGACGCAACAACAGCAAGUGGCGAACGCGACGCCGAUCUACCAGACGCCCGUCGAAGUGCCGCACCCCGCGCAGCAACAGCCGGCGACCCCUGCGAUAAUGAACAAUGGAGGCACUGCCGGAGCGCCUCCACCUCCACCACCGCCGAUGCCAAUUGGUGGCCAUCAUGUGCGUAACCCAUCAACAAACGGAAGCCCCUAUGGAGCACCCGCUGCUCCCGCACCCCCUCCAGGACCUCCUCCCGCACCUCCUGCACCGCCUCCAAUGCCGGGAAAUAUGGGAGCACCCCCUGCGCCUCCUGCGCCUCCUGCGCCGCCUAUGGGCGGCCUUGGAAGUGGUGCACCUCCGCCGCCUCCGCCACCUCCGCCACCCGGAGGACCUUCGGUCGGAGAGUCGGGUGGCAACUCGUUGCUCGCAGCCCUCAGCAGCGUUAAACUGAAAAAAACACCACCUAUCGAGAGUGGUAGCAGUAACUCGGGCGAUAGCAGUCAUUUGAGGAAAGCGAGCUCAGGAAAUCCAAUGGCGAGCAUGCUGGAUGAGAUGCAGGGCACGCUUGCGAAGAGGAGGGCCCAGGCGGAAAAGAAAUCCGCUGCGACCGCCCUUUUCCAAGAUGGCAAGGAAAGAGAUAACAACGGUCACGGCCACGGAGAUCACUCAAAUGGGGCGAGUAACGGCAGUACAACGGGUAACAGCAACUGCAAGACCUGGUCACCUGGACAAAACGGCGUCGUAAAACGCAAUGAUCAACAACCCGGAGACACUAGCCCGAAGUCGCAACGCAAGCAACGAAUGGGAUCGAUGGGUGAUAUGGACGGCAUCAAAAUGAACGGUGACGCCAACGGCGGCGCGGUGCUGGAUAAUGAACAAAUGGAGAGACUCAAAAACGAUAUUCUCAGCGAAAUGAAGAAGCACAUGAACAAGGUUAAGGAAGAAAUCAUCACAGCGAUUCGGCAGGAACUGAACCGGCGAUAAGAAGCGUGUUGCAGAUGUUCGCUUGGUGUGGCUUCGCAGUUCGAACACGGGACGAACGAUUUCAGCUAAAAAUACAAGACAACAUGAUGUUGGCCAAAUAUUGGAAAACACGCAACCAAGACAAAUACCACAGGUGGCUGAGAUAAUCUAGUCGGUAGAGGUGUUGCAGGGUAGAGAGUUGAUAAUGCGUGACAUGCGUACUGCGUACCGCUGUGUGUCUGGUGCUGGCCACGGUGAGAAUGGAACUAAGCGGGCACCACUGAUUCACAACUCCACGUAUGCGGUACGCAACACCGAGAGUCGACGGUAUGCGUGAGUGCGUGUGUUCCUAGUGUAACCAAAGCCACAGUGACGACCGUGCCGUAUAAUAAUGAUAUUGAUGAUGAUAAGAAUCAUAGUACUGAUAAUGAUAAUAACGUACCAGGGGAGAAAUUGGACAGCGAUGAUGCGUCUACGGGGAAAAGAGUUAGGGGUGCUGUAGGUAUCGGGGGGCAAAGCGCGAAGCAGUGUUCAUUUGUGGCCAUAUGGGGUAUUAUGUAUGCCAGGUGAAAAGUCGUAAACGUAGUUGAAAAGAAUGACUUGCAAAUGAGAGAACUUACUUAGCCAGUCAAUUCAUGGAUUAUACAAAAUGGACAAAUCAUUUCCAAAUCCCAUUUUAAGCAAUCGGUGAAAAGCAUGUUAUUUCUUAAGGCAAGCUGAAAAUUUCGUAGGUUUAGAGGCUCGAUAAUCUGUGUGUAAACGAAGUGGUGAAGUGAGAGCAAAGCUUGCAAGGACUAAGUUGAUUUCGAAUUGGUUUUGCCAGCGGGCAUCAGCAAAAAUGUAGAGGAAUAUAUAUUGUACUGCUGCAACAUUGAACUGUGCAUAUUACAAGCGCACUAUAAUAAAAGCGGAGGCCGAUAGGUGAAACCGUAGGGCUUAAACAA